AUGGGACAAGGUAUGAAUCUCUUACGACUCGAAGUCGACUUUCGCUGGGGUUCUCCAUUCCCCCGCUCACUCCUCCCCCAGGCCUUGCAGAAUCAAUCCGCCGAGAAACUUUCCAAGCCGCAUACGAAGCGCCGCAAGAAGUCCCCGCUCCGUCGCUUCAAGGAUGUGUGUCUCAAGCAUACUUGGCUUCUACCUCUCCUCAUGCUCGUCGUUCUUUUGUCGCUCUACGCCAUCAACCCGACCGAGUCCAAUCCCAUGCAUAGCGCCAUCUUCUUGUCUUAUCCUCUGCCUCCGAAGGUCCCCGGUGGUCCGAUCAUGUAUGGAAAGGGUCCCAAGGAUAUCACUUUUGUUUCGUUCUACACGAUUGUUCUGUCAUUUACUCGGGAAUUCUUGAUGCAGCGCCUGAUCCGGCCUUUCGCCGUCUACUGUGGGAUUCGGGGCCGGGGUAAGACUGCUCGUUUCAUGGAGCAAGUCUACACUGCGAUCUACUUUGGCAUCUUCGGUCCAUUUGGUCUGUACGUCAUGAGCCGGUCGGAUAUCUGGUAUUUCAACACUACGGCCAUGUUCGAAGGGUUCCCCCACCGGGAGCACGAAGGGUUGUUCAAGGCAUUCUAUCUGCUCGAGGCUAGUUACUGGGCCCAGCAGGCGAUUGUCCUGAUGCUGCAGCUGGAGAAGCCGCGCAAGGAUUUCAAGGAGCUGGUGGGACACCACAUCAUCACUCUGGCUUUGAUCGGCUUGAGUUAUCGCUUCCACUUCACCUACAUGGGUAUCGCCGUCUACAUCACGCACGACAUCUCGGACUUCUUCCUUGCUACCUCCAAGACCUUGAACUACCUCGACCACAUCAUCACUGUCCCUUACUUUGGUAUGUUUGUGGGGAUGUGGAUCUACCUUCGCCAUUAUUUGAACCUCAAGAUCCUCUGGGCUGUGUUGACCGAGUUCCGCACGGUUGGACCGUUCGAGCUGAACUGGGAGACUCAACAGUACAAGUGCUGGAUCAGUCAGUACAUUACUUUUGCCUUGUUGGCCAGUCUGCAAGCCGUGAACCUCUUCUGGCUUUUCCUGAUCCUGCGCAUCCUGAAGAACUACAUCUUCACCAACGUCAAGAAGGACGAAAGAAGCGAAGACGAAGACUCGGAGGAGGAGGAAGUCCCUGUGCCGGACACGAACACCCACGCCACCCUUGCUACCGGCGUUGAGGGAACCACCGUGACUGCACGUGGCAAGGAGAACCAAACUCCGCAGGUGCUGAUCAACGGCAAGCCCGUCAACUCCAAGAACUGA